AUGAAGGUUUUCGUGAAGACUCUCAAGGGGACGAGCUUCGAGAUCGAAGUAAACCCUACGGAUACGAUUACCGAUGUCAAAAAAGCUAUAGAAACCAGUAAUGCUGAGCUAUACCCAGCUCCUCAGCAGAUGCUGAUCCACCAAGGAAAGAUCCUCAAGGAUGAGACUACAUUGGAAGAGAACAGCGUUGCUGAGAAAAGUUUCAUUGUUAUCAUGAUGUCCAAGCCUAAGGUUUCUUCAAGCGGUGCAUCAACUGCAUCUGCACCUGCACCUGCACCACCAGCAGUUUCUGCAGCUCAGGCUCAGCCUGCACAGACAGUUGCUACACCUCAGGUUUCUGCUCCAGCUGUCUCAGUUCCACAGCCUACAAGUGCAAUUGCAACAGAUGCAGCACCAGCUGCUGCCGCUACGGGAGAUGUUUAUGGUCAAGCAGCCUCAAACCUUGUCGCUGGAAAUACCUUGGAAUCCACCGUUCAGCAAAUUCUUGACAUGGGUGGAGGUAGCUGGGACCGUGACACUGUUAUCCGAGCCCUGAGAGCUGCCUUCAACAACCCUGAAAGAGCUGUCGAAUAUCUGUACUCAGGGAUCCCUGCCCAAGCUGAAAUCCCGGCGGUCGCUCAAGCCCCAGCUGCUGCUGGACAGGUGGCAAAUCCUCUAGCACAGCCCGCACAAGAAGCUGCUGCUCCGGUGCCUCCUACUACUGGUCCAAAUGCGAAUCCGUUGAACCUGUUUCCUCAGGGCAUGCCCGCUGCAGAUGCUGGUGCUGGAGCUGGCAAUCUUGAUUUCCUGCGUAACAGUCAACAGUUCCAAGCCUUGAGAGCUAUGGUACAAGCGAACCCACAAAUUCUGCAGCCUAUGCUUCAGGAGCUCGGUAAACAAAACCCCCAGCUUGUGCGUCUGAUUCAAGAGCACCAAGCUGACUUCCUACGCUUGAUAAACGAGCCCGUCGAGGGAGAAGAGAAUGUCAUUGAACAGUUGGAAGCAGCAAUGCCACAAGCUGUUACCGUCACACCUGAAGAGCGUGAAGCCAUUGAACGGCUUGAAGCGAUGGGAUUUGAUCGUGCGAUGGUGUUGGAAGUGUUCUUUGCGUGUAACAAGAACGAAGAACUUGCAGCUAAUUACCUUCUAGAUCACAUGCACGAAUUUGAUGAACAAUAA